AUGGUGGCCACGGUUGUUGCUGCUGCUCAAGGUCCAAAGCCGGUCCAUGCAGUUCAAGACCGGGAUUCAAUUGAUCAGCUCGGGCCGAUCCAAACUAAGUUUUGGAAUUGCUUCGAUGAUCAAGUUAUUUCCGAGGACGACGAAGAUCUUUCCACGACGGAGUUUAUUCAUCGAGCAAAGGAAGUCGGGUUCACGGUCGACGAUUUACUGCGAGCGGAUAAAGCACUAGCUUCAGGUAUGGAUCCUUGUUCAGCAGACAUCAAAUUGACGCAUACAAUUUUAUCAACAAUGGUGAAUCGUAAAGUCUCUGGUGGAGUUCCUUGGCAAGGGCCAUUGCCGUCACCCCGUAUCUCUCCUCCCAGAACUUUGGGGGAUUGUUUGGCCAAGGCUUCAUACCAGAAUUCGCCUAGAUCAUCUUUGGCUAAGUUGAUCGCAGGUGCAAAAAUUGUUAAUUCGUUGUUGCCGGAGGGGGGAAAACCGGCCAGUGUGUUGAAAAAUUCAAAAGUUUUUGAAAGCAUGGACAAGGAGACAGCCACGGAGUUCCCUCCGUUAUUUCCUGAGUCAACUACGACUCCUCUCGUGUGUGGCAAAGGAGAUAUUUCGGGGGGGGGCUCAAACACGUCAAAAUUAGAAAGUUCAAAAAAAUUUGGAAACCCAGAUUCACAGGGAACCAAUCCUACUUUCUCUCCGCCCCCUGGGGCAGCGCCGUCGUCGCUUACACGCACGGUAGGGGAGGUGGAACAGAGUCAUAAGGCUAUCCCUGGAUAUCCGGAUCGAAUCCAAAUCGGCCCAGGAAAAUUCUUUCGGGCCACUAAGGGUUUGUGCGCCCUGUUUUCCCAUAUUGGAACCAGGCGCCGUCCUCGUGUACCCCCGCCAUCUCGUGAAACAAUAUUUCGGCGCUCCUUUGCCAAAGUUGUUCGUGUGGGCAAGCCAAUGGCGUCGCAAGGGGGAGGCAAUGGAGGAGGGUUUGACGGGCGCGGUGGGGGCAGAGGUGGCGAGGGAUACAAUCUGGGCUUCAACCCGGGUUUUAAUCCGGGAUUUGGUGGACGUGGCCGUGGCUUCGGUGGUGGCCGUGGCGGACGUGGAGGUUAUGCCCCGUACGGGGGCUACAACGACUACGGCUAUGGGUACCAUGCCCCUGGACGUGGACGUCGCCCUUACGGAGGAAGGUAUGCUGGCCGCGGGCAUGGUUGGGGUUUUGGCGGGCAGCGUUUCCACCCGGAGACCGAGCCUGCAAACCAUCCCGUCAUAGCCGGCCAACACGCAGCACUGGCCAUGGGGCAGGCCGGCCAGCCAGCCCAGCAGGCGCUCAUCGGGGGCGCUCUUCCACAGCAAGGAGGUGUAGCGGCUUACCAUGGCCACCAGCAGCCGGCAUUCCAUGCCGGACCAGAUGCUGGUCACCAAGGGGGUGGCACAGUCGGCGCAUCCUCUGCUGCACACCCGCCUCCUCUGGUGGAGGCCGGUACAGUGCAUGGAGGGGGCGCUCCAGCAGCAAGUCAGCAAGCCACCGCGAUGGUGGUGGAUUCAGCGCCAAUGAAGGCUCCAGAGCAACCCAAGGAGGUUGUCCCAUCGGCUUCAGAGCCGAAAGGAAAUAUGUUAGAAAUCCAAGAGUCGUCUGAGAAAGGGGCACAAAAAAAUAAAGGCAAGCCAUAUUGCUAUCGCUGUUGUACUAAAGGUCAUACAAUUCAUGAGUGCACUGUUGUCCUUUGUUGUGAGAUUUGUUAUGGAGAUCAUACGACUAAAUUGUGUCCGAAUAGUAAAAAAACAAAUACAAGUGCUAUUCCUUGUGGUUACGCUGUGGAAGGCCUAGGUUUCUAUUUUAUUCCAGUGGUUGAAAAUGCAAAAGUAAAUGUUCAGGAAAAGAAAGCUGUGGUACGUGUUUUGGAAGGUUCUUUUACUGUCGAUCAAUUGACAGUGGAACUGGAAAAGCUACUACCUGACAAGAAACAUAAAUGGGAAAUUGAGACAAAAGGCACUGAUGCUUUUAUUAUUAAUUGUCCCUCGACUGACCUAUUGGAAACAGUGGUUAACUGGGGCCCUAUGGAUGCUAAGGCAAUUGAAGGAAGGAUUCGCUUUGAAAAAGGAACUGACAAUGAGGUUUAUAAACGUGAAAUUGAGAAAGUAUGGGUGCAGUUCAGAGGACUACCUCAAGAGUUCAAAAAGUUUCCCAUUAUAUGGGCGGUUGGAACUAUCUUGGGUGUCCCUCAUGCUGUUGACACUAUCUUUACUAAGAACACUGGCAGGGCAAGGAUGAAAGUAGCAGUGCUAGACCCAAAUCUUAUCCCAGAUUUUGUGGAUGUGGUUAUUGGGGACUAUGUUUACGAGCUACAGUUUGCAGUUGAAGACGACACCCUCAAUGGUGAGCCACAGCUCAUUGACAUGGACUCUACCAAAGAGGGUGACCCUAAGGAGGAGAAUCCCAAGGAAGGAGAUCCAAAAGAGAAAAAUCCCAAAGGGGGAAACUCUAAGGAAAAAAUGGAUGUGGAUGGAAAAAUAGAAGAUGCUGAGGCACCCGGCAAUGGCAAUGGUGACCUGCCACCUAUGGUUGGCCAGCAUAGCGGCCCCAAUGGGGCGGCACAGCUGGAGGAAAUAGGGGAGUCUACCAUCACCCAGAGCAAGCAUGUGAAGCCAAGUAAGAAACCAAGAGCUUUACUUUCUCAGUCUGGAGGGGAUGCUUGGAAAGCUACUAUGUUGCCACCUCAGAUCGACUCUGGAAAUCUGAACAAUAAAUUCAACAGUGGGACAGCUUCACCGGUGAGAUCCAGCAAGAGGAAUGCCUCAACUUUGGAUCAAGAUUCCACAAAGAAGGCAGCUAAGCUUAAAGCGAAGAAGAACCUGGAGUCUGCGCUUGAUAAAGGUAGCAACGACCAUGAUAUUUUUAAUUCCCUAAAAUGUUUAAAAGACAUAGAGCACAAUAGAUUGUUGGAGAAUGCUAAGCUAAGGGAGGAAAACUUUGUUUUAGUAGAAGAUGCUUCAACUGUUUGUUCUAAUGAAGAUAUCGUAGAUCUUGAAGCUUUGAAUCUUAUUUGUUCGGAAAUUGCAGAAGGGCUCGGUGAUGGGGGUUGUGAUCCUUUGAUCUUACAAACCCCCGUAUCACAAAAAAUGAGAGGGCGACAUCGUCAGAAGAAAAAUCAUAAAAAAAGAUAG